CCGCCGCAGGCCGCUGGAGCGGGGUGCGCGCUCCUUGCCUUGUGCUGUCCUGUCCUGUCCUGUCCUGCUGAGAGGUCCCCGCCUCGCCCCUCGGGGCUGAGAGCUGAGGUAGAUGCCAGCUUGAAAUGAGUCUUAAAACCAUCUGGAAGGACUACAAAGUUCUGAUUGUUAUGGGAACUGGCCUUGGGCUGGUACACUGGGGGUGGUUGCACAUCAAAUCCAGCCCUAUUUUCCAAGUGAAGACAGAGGAUGUUGUUGCAGAACCUGGGAUUGUGUCAUAUGUGAUUCAAAGUGAUCAGAAAAAUAAGGAGAAAUAG